AUGGAAACAAAUUUAUCUGGAAGCCCGUGGAAGUAAGUGCGUCCGUCACCAAUAAUAACCCGGCGAGGAAAUGGGGCUCAGAAAACAUGGUUCCGCUUAAUAAGCCUUUGUUUCUCACCGAACUCUCAAUGUGGGUGCAUCUCAUUUUCUCUUCUUCUCUUCCGGUGCUCCACACGCAGCAGUGUUUACAGCUGAGUCCACAGAGUGCUAGUGUUGUUUAAUAGUUCAAAAUCGAACAGGGUUUUGUUUUUUAAGUACGUGCUAACAUGCUUCUUUUCUGUCCAACCUGCGGGAACGUGUUAAUCGUCGAGGAAGGGCAGAAGUGCAUGAGAUUCGCGUGUAACACCUGUCCCUACGUACACAACAUCACACGAAAGGUAAAUAACAGGAAGUAUCCGAAGUUAAAGGAGGUGGAUGAUGUUCUGGGUGGAGCUGCUGCGUGGGAAAACGUGGACUCAACACCUGGUGAGUGUCAUCAAAAUAGUUCAUGGUGUGGUCUGUCUAUCUGUUUAUAAUCGCAAAAUUAACUGGUUGAAGAAAUAUUGGAUUUUUUUUUUAAAUUAGCUUGAGAGUUAAGUUGAGUCUAUCACCCCGCAUUCCUGCUCAAAACACCAAUGUC